GGCGGAGUCUUGGGGGGAAGGACGCCAAGGUCGGUUCCGACACUGACGACGCGCCCCAUGGCCGACUGGGUCGGGCCGUGCUCUGCGGGCCGCAAAGCCCGGCGUCCCCGCGCCUCCCGAGUUGUCGCAGGUACUAAGCAAACAAGUGCCUUGAACCAAGAAGAUGCUUCUCAAAGGAAAGCAGAAGUAGAAGCAGCUAUGAGAAAGAAGAUUGAGUUUGAGAGAAAAGCUUUACAUAUUGUGGAACAGCUUUUAGAAGAGAAUAUUUCAGAAGAAUUCCUAAGGGAGUGUGGGAAAUUCAUCACACCUGCUCACUAUAGUGAUGUUGUGGAUGAGCGUUCUAUUAUCAAACUCUGUGGCUAUCCUUUAUGUCAGAACAAGCUAGGAAUUGUACCAAAACAGAAAUAUAAAAUUUCCACCAAAACUAAUAAAGUCUAUGAUAUUACUGAAAGAAAGUGUUUUUGCAGCAAUUUUUGUUAUAAAGCAUCUAAGUUUUUUGAAGCACAAAUUCCUAAAAGUCCAGUGUGGGUUCGCGAGGAAGAAAGACAUCCUGAUUUUCAGCUGCUACAGGACGGACAAAGUGGUCCUUCUGGAGAAGAAAUACAGUUAUGCAGCAAAGCCAUUAAAACAUCAGAUAUUGACAGUCCUGGCCAUUUUGAGAAGCAUUAUGAAUCUGGUUCUUCUAGCACUCAUAGUGAUAGUAGCAGUGAUAAUGAGCAAGACUUUGUUUCCUCCAUUCUACCAGGAAACAGACCAAAUGCAACAAGGCCACAGCUGCACAAGAAAAGCAUAAUGAAAAAGAAAGCUGGUCAAAAAGUUAACUCUCAACCUGAAAGCAAAGAGCAAACAGUAGUAGAUGUCAUUGAGCAGUUAGGCAAUUGCAGAUUAGAUAAUCAGGAGAAAGCUACUGCUUGUGAACUUCCUUUACAGAAUGUAAAUACACAGAUUUCUUCAAAUAGUUCUCUGCAAAAAAAAUUAGAAGCUUCAGAAAUUUCUGAUAUUAAAUACAGUAGUUCAAAAGUAACUCUUGUAGGCAUAAGUAAGAAAAGUGCUGAGCAUUUUAAGAGGAAAUUUGCCAAAUCAAACCAAGUUUCUGGGUCAGCUUCCAGUUCAUUGCAGGUGUGCCCUGAAAUUGCAAAGGCAAACUUACUUAAAGCCCUGAAAGAGACUUUGAUUGAGUGGAAGACAGAAGAAACUUUGAGGUUUUUGUAUGGCCAGAAGUAUGCAUCUGUAUGUCUAAAAUCCUCCUCAACCCCUCUGGUUAAAGAAGAACUUGAUGAAGAUGAUACGACCUCUGACCCAGGUAGUCAUUCUCCUGCCUUGCAGGAGUUGAACAGCUUGGAUGAGUCUUUACCAUUUAGAGCCUCAGAUACAGCCAUUAAACCACUGCCAAGUUAUGAGAACUUGAAAAAAGAAACUGAAACAUUAAAUUUAAGGAUCAGGGAGUUUUAUAGAGGACGAUAUGUUUUGAAUGAAGAAACCACCAAAUCACAAGACUCAGAAGAGCAUGAUCCCACCUUUCCACUGAUAGAUUCAAGUUCUCAGAACCAGAUCAGAAAACGCAUCGUACUUGAAAAAUUGAAUAAAGUAUUGCCUGGACUUUUGGGACCUCUUCAGAUUACAUUAGGAGAUAUUUACACACAACUUAAAAAUCUUGUCCAAACUUUCAGAUUAACAAAUAGAAAUAUUAUACAUAAACCUGCAGAGUGGACCUUAAUUGCUUUGGUGUUGCUGUCAAUUCGUGUCCGACUCGGUGUGACCCCAUAGACAGCAGCCAACCAGGUUCCCCCGUCCCUGGGAUUCUCCAGGCAAGAACACUGGAGCAGUAUACGUUUAUUUAACAAUGAAGGAAUUAAUGUGCCUUUGCUACUCACAUUUUUAUUUAAUAAAUGUUAUAAUUAACAAAGAUAAGUUCACAAGAACUCCUUACACAUAGAAGAACUUACAGUGAUGAUUAACACUAAUAUUUUUUUUAAAUAACUGAUUAGAAUUGCAAUAAAAUAACCUAGUAGUUGGUGUUGUUGCUUAAGCUCUUAGCUAUAAUAACUUUGUCUUUGUUGAAUUUUAUUAGUACUUGAUGAUUACAGAUUAUAUGUUGAAUAAUAUGAAGUUGAAUCUGAUUUUCUCACAUCAGUAUGCUCUAGUAAAGAUAUUAGGCUCUUUCCACAGUCCUGAUGCAUGAUUUUCAUAAAAAUGGAUGUAAGUAUAGAGUCUCCUGUAAAUGUUUUAGUACCUAAAUGUGCUAUUGUGUAAAACUUGUUAAUGUAUUUGUAUAUUUCAGUGUUGUUUAUACAUCAGAUUAGAAAGCACAAUAAGUGAACUCGCUCAGUCAUGUCAGACUCUUUGCGACCCCAUGGACUGUAGCCUGCCAGGCUCCUCCAUCCAUGGGAUUUUCCAGGCAAGAAUUCUGGAGUGGGUUGCCAUUUCCUUCUCCAGGGUAUCUUCCCAACCCAGGGAUCAAACCUGGGUCUCCCACACUGCAGGCAGACUCUUUACUGUCUGAUCCGGCACAAUAAAUUACACUAAAGUGUGCUUGUUUUCUGAUGCCUUCUCAUAGUGUAACAUAUAUUGGUUUUUAUAUUCCUCAUAUUCUCAUCUGUCCUCAGUAUAGGGAAACAGAAACUGAAGAAUCACUGUUUAUCAUGGUCAUGGUUUUCAGAGUAAUUUCUUUGAGAAGAUUUUGACUGGUAUUUUGAGAUUUUAUAGCUGUAGGACACACCCCCUCAGCUCAGUCCUUUUCCUCCUUCCUCUCUUCCCUUUGGUCUUAGUCUUCCCAGUCUUCUUUGACCUCUGUCAUUAUACUUGAACCUGUAACAUGCAAAUGUUAGGAAAGCUGAGAAAUCUAGAGAACAGUCCAGACCAAGUCUGGCCGCCAAAAAGAAACAGUAUAGGAGGCUAUGAAGAAACAAAUUGAUUAGCUUGAGUUCCUUUAUGUGCAGCACUUGUGCCAGAAGUGGGAAUCAGUUUCUUCAAUAACUUCUUGUAUCUAAAAUGUCAUUUUUUCACCAGAGUUUAAUGUGGAACCUUUGUAGAAAGACCACUGCUUAUGUAAUGUGAUGAUUUAUAGCUAACUGUAGCACAGGAGUCAAAUGUCUCUUAGUGGAUAGCUAGAGAAAGGUGUUAUUGUGUUCCAUGGGAAUGAUUUGGUUAUCUAAUGAAGGAAGAAGUAAGUAAAUACUUAGUUACAUUGUACUGCUUAGAAAGAAUGGAGGGUAGAAAGUGACUUGUGGUAGUCUAACAUGGAUAUAUGCUAUUCCUAGUUUUAUGCCCUUGAUGUUCUCUAAUGGAAAGCUUUCAAGAUCAUCUCCAAAAAUGUCUGCUUUCAUUUUAUUUAUCUGAACUGUCUGUUUCCAGUGAACUGUGGCCCACUUCCUAGACACAGACCACGCAAUAGUUUAUUCCCCCUAAAAGCUUUGAGUAUUCCCGUCGUUCUGGGAGUAGCAUGUAAGUCCUGGGAAAUGGUAUUUAAAUAAGCUCAACUUGACCAUGAUCACUAAACAAAAGCCUUCACUGGAUGUGGGCAGCCACUUUAGGUAACCAUCAUACAGAUAGACACUCAGGAGAGCCACUUCCCUAGGGUACUAGGCAUGAACAGAAAGAUGUGACUACAGCUUUUUGCUUCAGCAGAUUGUUUUUUAUAGUGCGCCCAUCACUAAUUUCCUUAGAGAAAUUUGUGAGCACACCAUGAAAAAUGAAGAUACGGUUCCUUAGAAAUUUAUUGGUUCUCAGAAGUAUUCGAAAGCCUUUCUCAAUAUUCCCAAUAUAUUUUUCAGUAUUUGAGACCAUAAUAGCAGAUCACUGAAAUAAUUUUGUUUCCUUAUAAUUACAGAUUUUAUAUUUAAUUGAAUUUUAUUGAGAUACAGUUCAUAUGACAAAAUACAGUAUUUUAGUGCACAGGUCACGGGUCUUCAGCGCUCACUGUUCUGCGGUGAGUGUACAGCAGCUGCCACCGCUGUCUCACUCCAGAACACCUCACCAUCCCCACAUUAUCUUCAUAUGCAUGAUCUUAGUCCCAGUCCUCCCUUCCUCCAUCCCCUGGCAAUCACUAGUCUACUUUCUGUCUCUCUGGAUUUACCUAUUCUGAACAUUUCAUAUGGAUGGAAUCGUAUAAUAUGUGGCUUUUGUGUCUGGCGUCUCUCACUUAAUGUAUUCUGGGUUGACUUCAUGUUGCAGCGUGUAACAGCACUCCGUUCCUUUUUAUGGCUGAGUAAUAUUCCAUUGUAUGGAUAUACCACAUUUUAUUUAUCCGUUUAUCAGUUAAUGGACAUCUGGGUUAUUUCCAUUCUUUGGUUCUUAGGAACAUUUGUGUGUAAGUUUUUGUGAGAACAUAAGUUUUUGAUUCUCUUAGUGGAAUUAGUGGGUCAUGUGAUAACUCUGUAUUUAUCUGAGGAACUGCCAAACUGUAUUCCACAAUAAGUGCACUGUUGUAAAUUUCCAUGGGAACUUUGUGAAGACGCUAUAGAUUGAACUGCCUCAUACCCAGCAGCCCCACCAGGCUUAUGUUUGUAGUUUUUCAAACUUUAAAUAUGCUUGUUCUGAUUAAAUUUAGACCUUCAUGGACCUGUAACAUCAAUUUUUUAUGUUCUAGGAAUUUCUACUACAUAUGCAAAAUGAGCCCCCUCACACACCCAUCAUUGUGAAGUUUAAGUAAAGCCACCAGGGAAGUCCUAAAGUACCUGUUUACUGAGUAUUAAAUAAUAAUUAGAUUAUUCCUAAGCCCCCUAUAUGUAUGGCUGACUUAUAAGAAAAAUAUAAUAUUUUUUCAUUGAAGUAACUUUAUCCUCAGCCACCAGGCUGUGUGGGAACCCAGAUAUUUUCUAAAG